AUGACCCUGCGCUCCGCCGAGUCCCUGGAGAGCGCGGAGAGCUCCGGGGAGCGCUGGGGGCGCCCCGGGGCGGCGGCGCCCGUUGCCGAGGAGUGCCGUGAGGCGGAGCAGCUGGCCGCGGCUAUGGAGGAGCUGCGGCGGGCAGGAUGGUACUGGGGCAACAUGACUGUUGCUGAAGCCAAAGAAAGGUUACAGGAUGCCCCCGAAGGGACCUUUUUGGUUAGGGAUAGUUCGCACUCAGAGUAUCUACUGACUAUAUCAGUAAAAACGUCAGCGGGACCGACCAAUCUACGUAUAGAAUAUCAAGAUGGCAAGUUUAGACUGGACUCUAUCACUUGUGUCAGAUCUAGACUUAAGCAGUUCAACAGCGUUGUGCAUUUGAUUGAGUACUAUGUUCUCAUGUGCAAGGAUAGAACUGAAACACCUUCAAAUGGAACAGUUCAUCUUUACUUGAACAAACCCCUCUAUACAUCUGCUCCAUCUCUGCAACACCGCUGCAGAAUAGCUAUAAACAAGAGCACAAAUCAGAUCUGGGAGCUGCCAUUACCAACAAGACUAAAAGAGUACUUGAAAGAGUAUCAAUACCAGGUAUAAAUAUAUUUUCUAAAUGCCUCUAGCACGGAGUAACUUUUGAAUGCAAUUCUUAAAAUCAGCCAAAGAACUGAGUAACCAGUUGUACAACUCAGCAUGAAAUUCACUAUCAAAACAGUGGCAGUUCUAGGGGAAAGGUUUUUAUUUCAGAUGCUACAAAGGGAGACUUUAUGUAAAAUAAUCCCACUUUGCAUCCUUGGGGGUUCAACAAGGUGGCAUGCUAUUCUUGCAAGAGAGAGAAGCGAGGACUCUAUCCAGAUUGUGUUGCUUUGUCAAUAAAAUGCUGCACUAACUAUCUAUCAAAUGCUUUCUGAAGCAGUGGGACCGGGAGAGACUUCAUAAGUGGUCAGAGACAUAUGAGAGUUUACAAGUAUCUCAGUUGUCUGAUUCUAAGAUUAAUUUGGUGCUGGUGUUCAUAUAAUCCUAAAAGCUUAACUAGAUCACACACUGUGAUAAUCUUGCUAAAGUUAUGCAACUAAUCAAAUCCAGUCAGAAAAAUGAUCAUGUAUUCAGUUUUUAUUGAACUACUCUCCUGCUUUUCUGCAAGCAAAGGAGUACUGUAAGUAAUCAGUCUAGAACAUUGUUUUUGAAAGUUCUCUAAAAGCUGACCUUAAGAAGAAAUGCCACAUCUUUCACAGGAACCCAGUAUAUUGCUGAUUAUACCAGAUUGGUAUCCCAGAAUCCUUAAUGUGUUAACAUCUUUACAGCGGUGAUGUAUCCAUGCUAUUAUUAUUAAGCCUCUUUUGGCUGAGGCUUUAGAACUAUAUACUUCAGACUUGCAGUUCCAAUGUCAAAACAUGGGUAUCAGCAGUUAUGUGUGUCUUCUACAGUGUAGAAUGUUUUCUUCAGCCUGUUUCCCAAAAUAUGGGGAAAUACGAUGUGGAUUUUUUUUAUAAAGGGGUUGGUUUUCCUUUUUCUUCUUUUUUUUUUCCUUUAAUUUUCUUUUUGUUAUUUUAUUUUAUUUUAUUUUAUUUUAUUUUAUUUUAUUUUAUUUUAUUUUAUUUUAUUUUGUUUUAUUUUAUUUUAUUUCUAAACUUCCAAUUCACCAUUGUAGCUAUCAGAUGAUUACUCAAUAAAGUAAAUCAAAGUGCACAACAAUCUCCCAAUCUUUUUAUGUAUGGAUUUCUACCAUUCAGGAAAGAGUGCUCUUAUAUAGGAACUUAUAUAAUUUCCCAGCUAAUACUCAGAUAAAUGCACAUGUAUCAGUGAGGAUGAAUAACCCUGCUUUGCCUUUGUGGUGCUGCUCAAAAGUAUAGCUGGAUUACAUUCAGAUUAAUGGCUUAGAGGCUGCCUGCUGAAUUCCUGUAGUUGGGUAUUAGCACAGGACAUUGCUUUUUCUGUUUCAGUAGUCUUCUAAACAGAAAGAGGGACUAAGACCCUCUCAGUAUCCAUUCUUCAGCCCAAAGGUAAAGUAUUUAAUAGAAGAAACACACAGGAUGAGAAAAAUAGGAAAGCAGUAAGACAGAAACAAGGACAUAGACUCACCUUUAGUCAACAAAUUAAAAGUUUUAAUUCUUUCCCAAGCUUAUUUGUUGAUUAAAGCCAAGACCUGUGCUUGAACAAGGAGGGUUGUCAAGACUUGCUGUAAUCUAGCUUUGCCCAGGCUGAAAUAGAAACAACAUAAAAUAAUCUUGUUUUCCUUGUGACUUAACUGCUUUGUUGUACUUUCAAGAUGUUCUGUCCUUUCUCAUAAACUCUGGGGCCCUGACCAGCUUAUUUGUUGCAUCUAAACUCCCAGUGUUACACACUCAGUUCUGUCUGUCUGUAACAUCCUGGCAGAAAUGAGUAGCAGAGCCAUUGAGAAAUAGAAGGCACCAAGAACAUGAGGCAGAGUGGAUGGUUCCUUGAUAUGACAUAUACUUGAUAUGUUCUUGUUCCUUCCAUGGAAAAGGUGGGUUUCUCCUCUUCCAUGGCUCAAAUUUUCUGUCCCCAUUUUAAACUCAAGCUUUAGUAUAGAAAUAGGAAGAGGUUUUUUCUGAAAAACAAAUAAAAAUAUUUUGUUAUGUGAAAAUUU